GCACCGGGAGGAGCUGAGUCGGGGUGUUGUGAAUUCGUACAGCCAAAAGAAAUCUCGAGUGGGAGCUGUCGGACCGAUUUGUUGUGAAUUUUACCCGUCGUUUGGCACCGAUUACCGACGCAGCCCAUCCGCAGCCAUGCCCGGGAUAGAGAAGCUGCCGAUAGAGGAGACGUUGGAGGACAGUCCGCAGACGCGCUCUCUGCUGGGAGUGUUUGAGGAGGACACUGCAGCCAUCUCCAACUACUGCACACAGCUCUACCAGGCCAUGCAGAGGAUUUAUGAUGCACAGAACGAGCUGAGUGCCGCGACGCACCUGACCUCCAGACUGCUGAAAGAGUACGACAAACAGCGUUUUCCACUAGGGGGCGACGAUGAGGUGAUGAGCUCCACCCUACAGCAGUUCGCGAAAGUCAUCGACGAGUUGAGUUCCUGUCACGCUGUCUUGUCCACCCAGCUUGCAGAUGCCAUGAUGUUUCCCAUCACUCAGUUUAAAGAGAGAGACCUGAAGGAGAUCCUCACUCUGAAAGAAGUCUUCCAAAUAGCCAGUGAUGAUCACGACACAGCCAUCAACAGAUACAGCCGCCUCUCCAAAAGGAGAGACAACGACAAGUUGCGGGCGGAGGCUGUGGAGGACGUCUACACCUCCCGCAAGAAACAGCACCAGACCAUGAUGCACUACUUCUGCUCACUCAACACACUACAGUACAAGAAGAAGACUGCUCUGCUGGAGCCACUGCUGGGCUACAUGCAGGCUCAGAUCAGUUUCUUUAAGCUGGGUUCAGAAAAUCUCACCCAGCAGUGGGAGGAGUUCCUGGGAACCAUAGGAACCAGUGUGCAGAAUGUGCGUCGGGAGAUGGAGGAGGAGGUUGGACAGAUGCAGCAAAGCAUCCAGGAGAUGGAGAGAUCAUGUGACCCGCUGUACGCACCCUGUGACCCUGACCCCGCCCACUCACCUGUCUGCCGCAACCUGACCAGGAAACAGGGCUACCUGUACAUCCGCAAUAAGACGGGGCUGGUGUCGUCGUCCUGGGAGCGUCAGUACUUCUUCACGCAGGGCGGUAAUCUGAUGCAGCAGGGCAGAGGCGAGGUGGCGGGCGGGCUGGUCACGGACCUCGACAACUGUUCGGUCAUGGCCGUCGACUGUGACGACCGCCGCUUCUGCUUCCAGGUCACUUCCUUUGAUGGCAAGAAAGUGGUGACGCUGCAGUCAGAGAGCAGGAAGGACUGCGAGGAGUGGAUUUCCACCAUCAACAACAUCUCUAAAAGGAUCUACCUGAGUGAGAACGCAGAGGAGCUGGCAGCCAGAGUGAACCAGUCAGCUCUUGAAGCCGUGACACCGUCGCCGUCCUUCCAGCAGAGACACGAGAGCAUGAGACCCAGCAGGGGAUUUAAUGUGGUGGAGUAUAAGAACAUCAGUUUCACAGUUUGGGAUGUCGGUGGUCAGACUAUCAUCAGACCUCUGUGGAGACAUUACUUCAUUAACACACAGGGUCUGAUAUUCGUGGUUGACAGCAACGACCCCGAGAGGAUUAAAGAAGCUGCAGACGAGCUGCACAGGAUGCUGGAGGAAGACGAGCUGAGGGGCGUGGCCUUACUGGUAUUCGCUAACAAACAAGAUUUGCCCAGAGCCAUGUCCGUCGGUGACAUCACAGAGGCCCUGAGCCUAUCAGGAGUCUCACAGCCGUGGUUUGUCCAGUCGUCCUGUGCCGUCAGCGGUACAGGUCUGGUCGAGGGUCUGGACUGGCUCUCCGACCAGAUCCUUAAACAGUAGACGGCGUUGUGACGCUCCGGGGUUCUGACAGGCAGUCUGCUGCGAGCCGAGCCAGUGAAUCCAGGAGAAACACGAAGGAUCCUUUUCAUAUAAAUAAGUUAUUUUACUGCUGUGUGCACGCCGCACAGAAAACCCUGUCGAUCAUCACUUCCUCCUGCACAGUUUAAUGUAAACUUCCUUUAAAGCAGUGGUUUCCGACCUGGGGGUCAGGAUCCCCACUAGGGGUCGGCUAAAGUUUCACUGGGGGGUCGCGAGGCCUUCUUGAUUUUAAGGUGUGUAAGGAAAUAUAAACACUGUAGGCUCACUGUAUCUCUGCAUCUCGUCUAAUUCUGUGAAUAAAACUAAAUGUUAAUUUAGGAUGAAUGAUUGUAAAACAAAUAGACAUAAAAUUGAAUGAAAAGUUCCUAAAACCAUUAAAAAACUGAUGACUGAACUGCUGAUCUAAAUAAUCUGCUCAGGAUUCCUCCAGAUCUUAAUUGAUUUAAUAUUUAUUGAUGUAUAAAGUAACUCUGAAGCCAAAUGUCUGAUCAAAAAUCUAAUUUAUUUGUGUAACAAGUAUCCAGUGUCUGGAACCGGUUUCUGACAAUCCACUAGAUUAUUUCUAUGUAUGUUUGUCUAAUAUUCACUUAUUACUUUACCACAGAUGUUAUAACACUAUAUCUGUCCUCUGUCAUUAGUGUUUUUACACUUAAACUAACAUUAUGGCUAUUUUUGUCAGUCUUUAUGAAAAUGUCUAUUUUUAUAUAUUCAAUAAAUUUUGUUCAUAUUUAUUUCAGAGCAGAAUAAAGUUGUCAUGUAGGCCA